AUGGAAAGCUCAUAUCAUGGCAAGAAAUACUGUAUCCUGGGCCUCGGACAUCCCUUACUGGACAUUCAAGCAGACGUGAAUGAAAAAUUUCUCAAAAAGUACGGUGUCCAAGCUAAUGGCGCCACACUCUCAGGACCUGGACAAAAGGGUCUCUAUGAGGACCUUCUUGCCAAUUUUGAUCUCACCUAUGUGGCCGGUGGAUCUGCACAGAACACCAUGCGAAUGAUUCAGUGGCUCCUCCAAGACCCAAAAAGGAUCAGCUGCUCUUACUUGGGCUGUGUAGGGAACGACAAGUCUGGCGAAAUUUUGCUCCAGAACAUGGAAGCGACUGGAGUGCAGACGGUGUAUGAGGUGUCGGAUACACUCCCUACAGGUGUCUGUCUAGUAUUGGUAUCUGGUGCGAACCGAUCCCUCGUCACCUCGCUUGGAGCAGCAGCAGUAUUCUCCUCAGAGUUCCUUCGCGAAAAGCCAGCGUGGGACAUGGUGGAGGAGGCUUCAAUGUACUACUUUAUGGGUUAUUUCCUCGUCUCUAGCAUGGACAGUGUGAUGGCAGUCAUGGAACAUGCGGUAGCGCGUCGUAAGGCCGUGUGCUUCAACCUGGGUGCUCCCUACGUCUGUCAAUGCUUUACCGAACGCGUGGACAAAAUUCUGCCCUACACGGACUUCGUCAUCGGCACCGGCGAUGAGGCCCUGGCUUUUGCUGAGGCCCACCACAUGAAGCAUCCUUCCUUGGCUGCAGUGGCCAAAUUCUUCGCCGGCUACGGCUGGGUGGGUCGGCCGCGACAUCGCCUGGUUAUCAUCACCCAAGGACCCGAUCCCAUCUUCUUGGUGUCCUCCGAGGACAUGCUGGUUCGUACCAUUCCUGUCGACCCUAUUCCGCCGGAGAACACUGUGGACACAAAUGGUGCGGGCGACGCGUUUGCUGCCGGCUUCAUCUCGAAGUUCAUCACUUGCGGUUCUGUUGACGAGGCAAUCGAGGCUGGAAAGAAGGCAGCUGCCUACAUUCUCGGCAAAUCCGGGUUUAGCCUUGGUCCUCGGACAGAGUACUGA